CGCAACAUGUAUUUUCAACCACGCCCGAGCGCCAUGAAUUACUGCCGAUGCAAUAUCCUUCUGGAGCACAGGCGUGACAUACUUUCCACAAAUCGCCGAUGCUUUCAGACGACGCGGAUCUGUGCGAUGAGGUCCUCCAUACUGUUGCCCGCGCCUUCCGCGCAUGGCAGCAAGCGCUGGUGCAGGCGAAGAAGAUACGCCUGGAGUCAGCAGAGCCACAAGAGCCACAAGCGCCGCGAGCAGAGCCACGAGCAUCAGUGGCCAAACUCCUUGGCAGUGAAGGCUAUCGGCAGCUCGGUGUCGGGCGUCGAAGCUUUCGAAGUCCACGCUUAUCGCAGGAGGCUCCGGUGGAAGCUGAAGUCGGCAGAACUACAGAAAUUGAGUCCUCUCCACAAGCUGAGCAGAUCGAAGCUGCUUCGUCAACGUACGAGGCUGUCCCAGACAAGCACGCACAACCAUCUUUGGAUAUCCAACCAGAGGAGGUAGCGCCGAAAGCUCGCCCGCCAGAUGCCGAAGAUCCGGGCCCAGAGCAAGCUGUGCUCCCCAACGAAGCGUCACAGUUCAGCUCUUUGGAGCCACAUGAAGAUCAUGGAGCGGCCCCAGCAUCUCCAGAGACUCCAUCUCCGUCCUCUCCCGUCUUUGCUGUCAUUGAGGACUCGCCAAAACGGAGACCUGGACCCACUAUGUCGGACGACUGCAGCUGGUAUGUGCUAGGAGGAGAGGAGCCACCUCUUCGGGCUUCUGACGGAGCACUUCUGCUGGCCGAAACCCGCUUGCGGCAAGGACAACGCAAAUUGGUGGCAUUGUGUUUGACAGCUUGGAGAGAAGGCCUUGGCUUUGCUACAUGCACUUCCUUAUGGGAAGAUGACGAGGAAGACAUGCAACGCUGGCACUUGCGUGGCCUUGAGCUGCGGCUGGAAGAGAGCCAAAGCCUACGUGAGAAGGAGCAGAAAGAAAGUGCCAAGGCAGAAGCGACCCUCAAGGAGCGCCUGAACAGUGAGUUCCAAGCAGAGCUUCAGUCCCAGGCAGUCGAAGCCGAGCGUCAUAGACAGAUGAUGGAGGCAGGCUUUCUGGAGAGACUUCUGGGCGCCGAGCGAGAGAGAGAUAAUUUGCAGGCCCAGAUCAACUACGCAGUGUACGAUGCUCAAAGGGAGAAAGACCUCAUGGAGGCACGCCUGCGUGGAGAACUGGAUGAUGCACACCACCAACAAGAAGUCCAGCAGGCCAAGACCUUCGCCAUCGAACAGGAUGCUCAACGGAUGCGGGAAAUUGAUCAGGCAAAGCUUUCUGCAGUGCUUCAUGACGAGCUGAGACUGAGAGAUGUCCGCGAGGCAAAGAUGGUCGAGGAUGUCCGAAGGCAGCAGGCGGCUGCUCAGCAGAGCAAUGCAGCGCUGGGAGAUCAGCUCCGGCAUGAACGCGCAGAACGGGAGGAGGAAAAACGCCGCUUUGCAGUCUUGCAGCAACAGCUUGAUGCUGCUAAGGCUGAGCUGGUGAAGGAGCAUGCCAGAGCUUUUGACCUGAAGGCUGCACUUGACAACCUGAAGACCGUGCAGGAGUUGCGAGAUGCGGAAGAGAAGAGCCGGAUGGAAGCGGAGGCAGAAAGUCAGAUCAGGCUCCGGAGAAAGUUCUGGAGCAGGCUCCGGGAGAAAGUUCUGGAGCAGGAAAGCCGGCAAGCCUUGCUGCAACAUGUGCAAGAGGUGGAAGAUCAUCGUGCUAGGCUGCAGGCGGAGGUGGAUGAAAUGCAGGCUGGCUACAUUAGCCUGAAGGCUGAAGCUGCUGCAGAGCAAUCCAAAGCCAAGAUUGCUAAGCAGACAUUGAAGGAGCGAGAUGUUCGCGUUGCGCAAUUGCUAGAGGAGAUUCAGAAGCAUCGAUCGCAACAAAAUCUUUUGAAAGACGAGGCUGCAGAGCUUGCUGACCAUCGUGCCUGGCUUGGGGAGGAUCAGCGGUGGCUCCUAACCUUGGAAACUCGAUUGAAGGAGGAGCAGAAAAAGGCUUCUGAGCUCGAAGACCAGCUGCUGAAGGAAAGGGUUAGGUGCGCUCGACGAUUGGAAGACAUGUCCGAAGAGAUUCUGCAAGAGAAGGCCAAAAGGCUUGAGCUACAGAAGCCAGGGCCACCAGAAAGAGAACGCCAGCAGAAGGAGGCAAAGUUUUUGGCAGAGCUCAACGAGUCCAAAAGACAGACACGUGCUUUUGAGCGGGGCUGGAAACAGGCCGUGCUUGAUGCCAAAGAUCUGGAGACACUGCUUGAGAAGGAGCGCCAGCAGCGAAAACUCCUCAGUGACUUCGUAGAGGACUUGGAGAGACGGUGCUUUUCUGUUCACAAGGACUUGCGUCUUGAACAUUUGCCAGAAAUGUUGGCAGACGAGCGGCAGCACUUGGCGCAGAUGACCCAAACGGCCCUGAACUUCGAAGAUCGGUGUGAAAAACUGCAGAAGGUUGUCUCCGACCUUCAAAUCUACACGGAGAAGCUCAGCAUUGAAAGUGCCAAUGGAGCUGUGGCUGCGCGGCGGGCCAGUGACCUUGAAGAGAAGUACAAUGAACUGUCUCUCCACGCGGAUUUCCUGGAGCAAGAACUACGUCGGAACAAGAAGACAGUGGUGAUUCUGGAUGACAGUUGUGCAGGCUUAGAGCAGAAGCUGGCAAAUCAGAGAGACAAUGCAGUCGAAGUGCUUGCUGGCCGCUCCAAGGCAAGACUUCGUUGUGUGGGGCUUCGCUGCCUUUCCGCUUGGCGUCAAUGGCUCAUCAUGGAACAGGCGCAGAAGUGGAGGGAGGCUGAGGCGACGAAGAUUCUGGAAGCGUCAGAUGCAUACGCCUUGCGCCUGCAAGGCCGAACAUCAAACGCUCUUCACAACGUUGGGACUGCUCUUUUUCACCAGCAAUGGCAGACUUUAAUGGUACAUGUAUUCUUGUCGUGGCGUUUGCAUUGCAAAGUUGAGACCUCCGAUGACUGGCGUCGUCACCAGGAACAGAUCACCAGCACUGGGAGAGACCAGGUGCUUAAGAAUCUCUUGGAGACUGCCUUACAAGAGAGCGCCCUUUUGGACGAUGACGAGGAGGAACCGAGCAGCACAAUGGCUUUGCAGAUACCGAGCAGCCCUCUUGGUCCGAGCGGACCAACCCGUAGCGAUCCUAGUGGCCCUGGCGCUAGUGUGCCCAGCGAGAAGGCUGUUUCUAAAGCAGAGCGGGUGGCGGAAGCUGUCGCAGAGAAAAUGCACAGGCAGCUCUGCGAGGAAUUGCUCAAGGAAACCUUUUCUAUUUGGCACCAGGAUUAUCAAUCUGAGGCUGCGAAGAAAAAAGAAGAGCUAGAACGAAUUGCGAAGAAGAACUACGAAGAGGAGAAGCAAAGGCUGCAGGCAGAGAAAGAAGCUGAGGCUGCCAAAGCUAGAGAGGCAAGGGAGGCACACGAAGCAGAGAUCCACGUUCACCAGGAGGCUUGGGAGCAAAGCCCAGAGGAGCCUGUGGAUAUGCAGAGACUGCGUGAGGCCGAACGUGAGGCACUGCAACGACAGCAGCAGCUGGCUGCAGCAGAACGCGAGGCAUUGGUGGAGCAGAUCAAAGCAGCGCGCCGACAGCAGUCCUUCGAGAUGGAAAUUCUUAAAGAGCAGGUCGCUCGCGCGGAAGAUGCGAGGCGCUCACAGCAAGAAGAGCUGGAGCGGCUAAAGGAAGAGGUGACAAAGGGCUCUGUGUACCAGGAAAUCUUGCAGCAUUUCAAGAUUACUCCAGUGGUGACACGGAUUUUCACAACCGUGGAGGCAUCUCAAGGGGUCCUUGACAGCACAGUUGGUCCCCAGACAGUGGUGGGCGCCCCCAGCCAGGUCUCCGCAAAGACUGUUGCAACACGGAGUGUUUCCGUGGAGGCCGUCCCUGCGAUCCCAAGACAUCAAGCCAGCAUUAGGCCAAAUUUGUGCGGCAUGGAGCUGGGCAGAAAACAGGCUGAAUUGUUGGAGCGCAUGCUCAUGAAGGCUGUUCUUCAGGGCUGGCAGUCGAUACUUGGUGGAUACAGGCCUUUUGAACCUCGUGUGCGAGAUGUACCCUGGCAGACUCCUCCAGAGGAACCCCUGCUGGCACGGCCGCGAGGACAGAAUUGGGCGAUGGCUGCUGAGUUGGCGACGCAAGGCUUGGACAAAUGGUCGGAAUCAAGCCAUGAUUCCCUGACUGCAGCGGAUCUCUACGAAGCCUGUGCUCGUGCCCAUGCCACCUUUGCCAGCUGGGCUGUCAGCUCUAGCCGACGGCAGAUGUCAACAAGUCCGGUGGUGGCCGCCUCCGCAGAAGAGGAGGCUGCAGAGCAAGCAGUUCAGCGCGCGCACGAGAGCAUCUCCAAAGAUGUUAUGGAGGAGCUAGAGCAAGCUGCCAUGCAGCCCGCCUCCUCUUGGCCGCCACCUUUGCUGCCUCCACGACCUAUUCUUCCAGGUGACAGAGGUUGGGAUGAUCGUGUCAGACUGGCCUCAGGCCCAAAACGACGGCUGUUUGGGCCAGAAGACGACCACACCACGGAGGAGGUCCUGGUGGUCCAGAGCGAUGGCUAUUUAACAAGCUUCCAUCCAGUACCCAGAGAAAGCCAAGGUGUUCAGAAACCUUCGAAAGACUUGUUGGAUACAGAGGACUAAGAGCGACCGGUCUGAGGACGACGAAACAAAUGACCCAAACGGGUGCAUUUUGUACAUAGACAUAGCAUGACCUGGCUGUUGCACGGGGCCUGCCCUUCCUGUCUUCUUUCUGUUUCUUUGGAAC